UACAUAUGUACACAAAGAUUCACAUGUUCACAAUCAUUUCACAAUUCACAAAAUGCAAAAAUCUGUAAAUCUCCAAAAAUCUCAGAUUGAGGGGUUUGCAGUUUGCGCGAAUGAGUCGCCCGUUGCCUUUUAUCCGAAUGUUCAAGAUUUUGGAUUUGAAUUUUGCAUCGAAUUAAUUAAAAUAUCGAUAGUUUAGUUAUUUCCAUACGUCAUAGGAAGUUCAACUUGCAAUAUAUAUUACCGCUCACAUACAUGUGUUUUUGUUUUUCUUUCAUUUGUCGUCGAUAUCGAUAUAUGCUCAUUGCUGCUAUCAACAGUACACAGUACCAACAAGGACUAACAUGUCUUGCAACUAUGCCGAAGGACUAUCUCCUUAUGAGCACAAAGGAAAAUUAGGAAUUCCGGAGGUUUUCGACGAUGAUGAAACAGUUGAGGUCAAAGUGGCGAAAUUGGCAGAGUGGAUUCGACAUGCAAAACACGUUGUUGUACACACAGGGGCUGGGAUAAGCACAGCAGCUGGCAUCCCAGAUUUUCGGGGACCACGUGGCGUUUGGACGCUGGAGGAAAAGGGACUGAAACCAAAUGUCAACAUUUCGUUCGAUAAUGCUACACCCACACUUGCUCAUAUGGGAAUUUGUUCUUUGGUGCAGUCUGGGCACAUAAAAUACGUAAUCAGCCAAAACAUUGAUGGGUUGCAUUUGCGAUCGGGAUUAAAGCGGACAAAUAUUUCAGAAUUACAUGGUAAUAUGUUUGUGGCAAGGUGUUCAUAUUGCGAUAGGGAAUUUAUUCGGCCAACUUCGGUACCAACUGUUGGACAAAAAGAAAUUGGAAUGGAUUGUCCUUGGGUGAAAGCUGGUGGUCGCAUUUGUCGAGGAAAAUUACGAGAUAAUAUUCUAGACUGGGAAGACAACCUCCCAGACAAAGAUCUGGACAUGGCCGAGAUGCAUUCCACGAUUGCCGACUUGAGUAUUUCACUUGGUACAACGUUACAAAUAAUUCCGGCUGGAAAUUUACCCCUUAAAGCGAAAAAGAAUAAUGGGAAAUUCGUCGUUGUUAAUUUACAACCAACCAAGCAUCACAAAAAAGCUGAUCUCGUGAUUCAUACGCAAGUUGAUAAAGUUAUAUCCAAGAUUGCGGCCAUCCUAGGGGUUGAAAUUCAGCCAUAUUUACCAGAGAUUGAUCCUACAUGUAUUCUUCAAACCUUACAAGACUCGACAAAUUCAUGGAAAACUCGUUCACUUUCCGACUGGACAAUUGCUGCAGCAUCUGUAUCGAAGAUGAAAAGCAUUGCUGCUGCAAUAAAAGACAAUAAGCCAAAAAGUGUUUCCAGAAAGAAACGAAAGACUGACAAAGUGAAUGAGCCAAUAAGUGACCAUGAAGAAGAACAAGAUCUUUUUGUUCCAACUAGGCCUCCAGAAAAGCAGGAAAUUUGCCUUGCUGAACUUUCAAGAAAAAACACUGAAAUUGUUCCAAAUGGCGUCCACCCCAAAGAUUCUAACGAAUCCGAUUAAACAACGAUUUUCAGAUCAAUAUAUAAUACUGUAGAAUUGUAAUUAUUCACAAUAUUAUAUAUUAUAUCCACGAAUACUCAAAGGGGCUGAAGGACUGAUCACUCGCGCCCAUGGAUUUAUAGUAGCUAUUUUCCCACCUUACAACUUGUAAUUUUAAUAAAUCAACGAAAUUCCUUUGUUAGAAUUUCUAACAAAUUUCUAACUUAGAAUUAGAUAUUAAAAUUUUUAAGUCCAAGACAAGUUUCAAGUGCAUUAAAGUAUAAUAAUAAAGAUUAAAAUAUGCAAUGCAAAAAA